CCUCAGGUUUUCCCUGCUCCUCCCAUCAAGUUGGCUCUUUUCUUUCCUAGAAGCCUUUUGCUUUGUUUCUCUCUUUCUCUUCCCAACCUCUUCUGUUUGCCUUACCAACUCCAUGGAUCUCCUAACUGAAGAGCAGAUCUCUGAGUUCCAGGAGGCCUUCUGCCUCUUUGACAAGGAUGGAAAUGGGUGCAUCACCCUUGAAGAGCUCGCCACUGUCAUCCAAUCAUUGGGCCAAAAUCCAACUGAAGAAGAACUGCAGGAUAUGAUCACUGAAGUUGAUGUUAAUGGGAAUGGCACCAUUGAAUUUGGAGAGUUCUUGAGCCUAAUGGCCAGAAAAUUUAAGGAAACUGAUGCUGAAGAAGAGUUGAAGGAAGCCUUCAAGGUUUUUGAUAGGGAUCAGAAUGGCUACAUCUCAGCUAGUGAGCUGAGGAAUGUAAUGAUCAGCCUUGGAGAGAAAUUGACUGAUGAAGAAGUGGAUCAGAUGAUCAGAGAGGCUGAUAUGGAUGGUGAUGGCCAAGUAAACUAUGAGGAGUUUGUUCGAAUGAUGAUGGCCGUCUGAUUCGAUCGAUCAAUUCGAUAUUUGAUGUUUGUUUUGAUAGAUCUCAUAUUCAAAUUUGUUUUAAACAUGUAUGGAUUAAUUCCAUCAGAAUCAUUUGUUCUUAUUUUGUGGAGAUAUCUGGAUUUUGUUGGUGCUGUUAGUAUUUUCAUGUUAAAGUAAUGUAUUGUGUUUAAUCUGUGCAAUAA